UGUAUUGAUGUGAACACCACAUCAAGUGUGGUGAGAGGUCUUACCAUAAAUGUGUUGAACAUAAGGGUUGACCAGUUUUUGAACAUACCUUACGCCGAACCCCCAGUCGGAAGCCUCAGGAUCUCUAAACCAACGCGACUCAAACGGGUAACUCAUGUCAUCGGCACAAACACUACUAAAAGUAUAGUUAUGUUAUGGAUAUAUGGCGGUGGUUUGUCAUCAGGGUCCAUAUUUGACACCCAAUAUAAUGGCAGUGUUUUAGCCACACAUGACGUGGUGUUUGUGUCGACAAAUUACAGGUUAGGACCGUUUGGC